CACGGGACGACGAAGUGACCCCUCACCGGCUGGGAAGUGCCUGAAGUCAUUCCCGAAUAGGAUAUCUUGACCGGAAUUGGUAUGCACAAGAGCAUUUAAUUCGACUGCAAUACAACGUCAAGAAAGUGCUGGCACUUUUAUUAGCCUCAAAGACGUGCUGCACCUACCAAAUUCGGAUGACAUACUUCAUCGCUGGGCUUGGGCUCAUGUGCACAUAAAGGAAAACUGCUGCAUAGAAGCAUUUCAAUGAAGCCCUCGCCAUCACGAGUCAUCUAAUCUUCUCUGUCUCUGUCCAGCUUCCGUUAUUGCCAGAUAGUGACGUAUUUCUCUGACUAGUCGUCCCUGUACCUGAUACUACUGUUACCAUGAAGUUCUUCCGGCUGAUACUUUCUGUGGUAUCUGUCGCGUCUGCGACUGUCAUUACAGGCCGCGAUGGAAAAGUGAGCUACGAUGGCUAUAAGGUCUUUCGAAUUGAGGCGGCCGAUGGAAUCAAAGCCCUUGAGGAGACGGUCGCUGACGCCUCGUUGCUUCCUCUGCAUGGCCAUGGUGAUCAUUUGGAUGUGGCCGUGUCUCCAGAUGCUGCUGAUGCUUUCGCGGCCCUCAACCUGACUUCGCAACUGAUGGUUGAGGACCUCGGAGCUGCCAUUGCCACAGAAGGUCCUAUCGAACGCUACGAUUCUCCCGCGGAGGUUGCCGCGGUUCCAAGCUUGUCUUGGUUCAAUGCAUACCACUCCUAUGCCGACCAUGUCCAGUGGGUGAAGGACUUGCAGGCUGCUUUACCUCAAAACUCGGAAGUCAUCAACGUGGGAACUUCUUUCGAAGGACGUCAAAUCCAAGGUAUCCAUCUCUGGGGAACUGGUGGCAGUGGGUCAAAGCCAGCAGUAUAUCUCCAUGGCACCGUACAUGCACGCGAGUGGGUUGCUACCAUGGUCGUCGAGUACAUUGCCUAUCAACUUGUUAUUGGCUAUGAAAAUGACACGACGGUCCAGUCGUUCCUCAGCAAGUACGACUUCUACAUCCUCCCAGUUGUCAACCCCGACGGGUUUGUCUACACGCAGAGCACUGAUCGUCUCUGGCGUAAGAAUCGGAUGACCAGAUCUUCGACAUCAGCUGUCGGUACAGACAUCAAUCGCAACUGGCCCUACAAAUGGGAAGUGGCCGGCGGCGCGUCUACUAACCCAUCGGCUGAGGACUUCAAAGGUCUUGCAGCUGGUGAUACACCCGAGGUUAAGGUUCUGAAAGCCUUUACCGACAAGCUUGCCGCCGGCAAGGGAAUCAAACUGUACAUUGACUACCACAGCUACGGCCAGUACAUCUUACUGCCUUAUGGUUACAGCUGCAGUGCCGUCUCCAAGAACAGUGCCAAACAAAACAGCCUGGCAGCGACAGUGAGGAGCACCAUCGCCAAGUCUUACGGGAAGACUUUCACGUAUGGCCCGAUAUGCUCUACUCUCUACGAAGCUACCGGCGGCAGUACUGACUACAUGACGGACGUCUCAGGAGCCGAAUUAGCUUGGGCCAUAGAGUUGAGAGGCGGGGGUAGUGGCACGAGUGGUUUCGUGCUACCAGUUUCUGAGAUCUUACCCAGUGGCAUCGAGAUAUGGGAGGGUAUGAAGUACCUGAUUGGCUCCAUGUAAUGGAAUUCAAGGCCUCGCGAGGUUUUACCAUGCAGGCGGCGAUAACAGAGAAGUGUUUGUUGUUCAAUUGCCGGCAUGGUGGCACUGUUUCCUUACCUCGGAGAAUAUUACGCCUGGUGGGCUCUAUGUAGAUAUUGAAGGGUGAUUUCGAUGUUUCUGAUUACUCUGAAAUGAUACUGAACAAGCCGUUUGAAACGUUUGUAUUCAAAUCCGGGGGUCCUUUGCAAGUAUUGAUCGAACGAAGAGGUUUUUUUGAACUGAGCGCGGUUGUUUACUCAAG